AAUUUAGGGUUUCAUUUGGAACAAAAAUGGGGUUGGAUAAGAAGAAAGAAGAUGAGAUUGAGAUAAGAGGAUGUUGGAUUAAGUUCAGCUUCUUGGGGAGAUGCAUAUCCACAAGGUCUAAAGUGGAGAGCUCCAUUUGUGGAAGUAGUAUUCCAUAUGCGGAAAGUAAGUCUACGAACGAUACUAGUUUAGACCAACCGGUCGUUUUAGCGGCUUCAUCUAGCAACGGGGAAAGCACCCCAUCGACACCAAACGUAACCGAGGAGCUGAACAUCGCUUCUCAGCUUCGGAAGUUUAAUUUCAACGAACUUAAGUCGGCAACAAGGAGCUUUAGACCCGAGAGUCUUCUUGGUGAGGGUGGAUUUGGGUGCGUUUUCAAAGGAUGGAUUAACGAGAACGGAACUAUGCCUGUGAAGCCCGGAACGGGUUUAUCUGUUGCCGUCAAGACCCUCAAUCACGAUGGACUACAGGGUCACAAAGAAUGGCUCGCCGAAGUUAAUUUUCUUGGCGAUCUCUUGCAUCCGAAUCUCGUUAAAUUGAUCGGUUAUUGCAUCGAGGGUGACCAAAGAUUGCUUGUUUACGAGUUUAUGCCUCGAGGAAGCCUCGAAAAUCAUCUAUUUAGAAGGUCGUUGCCCCUACCGUGGGAGACUAGAAUGAAAAUCGCUCUCGGUGCCGCGAAGGGUCUUGCUUUUCUUCACGAGGAAGCCGAAAGACCCGUCAUUUAUCGGGAUUUUAAGACGUCAAAUAUUUUACUAGAUGUGGAUUACAAUGUGAAGCUCUCUGAUUUCGGACUCGCUAAAGACGGUCCGGAAGGGGAUAAUACCCACGUAUCGACUCGUGUGAUGGGAACUUAUGGCUAUGCCGCCCCCGAGUACGUAAUGACGGGACACUUGACGUCGAAGAGUGACGUAUACAGUUUCGGAGUCGUUUUACUCGAGAUGAUAACCGGACGAAGAUCCAUGGAUAAAAACCGACCCAAUGGGGAACAUAAUCUCGUAGAAUGGGCACGACCACAUCUCGGGGAGCGGCGGAGGUUCUACCAUUUGAUUGAUCCGCUACUUGAAGGUCGGUUCUCGGUAAGAGGUGCACAGAAAGCGGCUCAACUGGCUACGCUUUGCCUUAACCGUGACCCGAAGGCUCGACCAUUAAUGAGCGAUGUUUAUGAAGCCUUAAUGCCGCUUGUGAACUUGAAAGACAUGGCGUGUUCAUCGGCUUAUUUUCAGGCGAUGCAGGCUGAGCGUUCGACCCCGAAUCAAAGUAGUAGAAAUGGGCGGUCAAUGAGGAGUCUUUCGAUUCCGAGCUAUCCAUAUGUGUCGCCACAUCGCAAUGAUGGACCUUACAGGUCUCCCAAACCUGUGAGAUAACCAGACGAAUGAUUACUCAUUCGUUUCAUCAUAAUCAGACGAAUGAUCGAUCAUUCGUCUCUUCAUAAUCAGACGAAUGAUCAAUCAUUCAGCUGGUUAUUGUUUGAUGGUCCUUUUGGGACCAUCAAAAACUGGUAUUGUUUUGUAAAAGUUAAAUAUAAAGCAUAUAUAGGUGAACUUUGUCUUUGGCUGGUCACCAUUUAUAAAUAAAUAAA